CCGGAGUCACAGUGCGCAAUCUCAAUAGUUAACUCAGUGAUUUGACAGCUAACAAGUAUUCAAAACAGAUUAAAAAUGAACUUUGAAGGGUUUCAAGAUUUGAUGAGAAGGAUUGCUAGGACCUGGUAUGAAAGAGCUAAAGUGGAGAUCCUAGAGAUGGACUACGUGAACGAGUAUCUUAAGGUGUCCCCUUUCAUUGCUAAACAGACCAAGGAGAACGAGAUCGCGUACGAGCGGCUGAUGGACGUUAGACUGAAGCUCGUGGAUCUAUCCUUCGAGAUAGAUAAGAACCAUGACGCCUACAUGAGAUUCAUGCAGCAAGCACUGAAUUCACCAGAUCUGAAGAUGCGGAUAGGAAAGCCUCUACGUCCUGAAGAGCGGAACUUGAUUGAUCUGGAGCUGAUGAUUAUGGAGCAGGUCGCAGACUGGGAGCUUGAUGUAGGAAAGGUGGAGCCAGAAUCAAACUGGGAGAAGGUUCAGGAUCUAGUUGUUACUCUACCCAAUGAUUCAACCCAAACUAUCAGAAUCUCAGCAGAACCACAGAGAAGAUCUUGGUUUGGGUUUUGUCCCGUCUCCAUGAAGAUCGGGAGCUUGAAGAUGUGUGGAGGAUGCAAGAUGGUCGGAUACUUUGGGAAGGAUGAACAGAAGAAGGAUUGGACAAACCAUAAACAGAUUUGCAAGGCUGUCACAAAUCUUAUGAAGAGAUUCAAUGUCGGACAUAUUACUGAAAAGUUAAACGGUGAUCAAUUAAUCUCCGCCUUGUCGACAGAGCUGGGACGGUCCUUACUCCAGGAGGAGAUGGACCUAGUCAACUUCCCCAGGGUGUGCGCUGAUUGUGGGAAGGGAGGAGCUGUCCAGGACGGAUUACGGAACUGCUCCAGGUGCAACUGUGUCUCCUGGUGCAGCAACUGCCUGGAGCAGGGUCGAACUAAGCAUGAGGAAUGGUGUCAUCUUCUCAAAACCUCUCUGGAAGAUUACAAACAUGAGAAGAGUUUGGGUCACCAGGUUCAGAAAUAUUGUCCAAUUAGUCAAGCCAAGUAUAAACCUCUGCCUGCAAGUAUAGAGAUACUGUUUGAGAAGGAUGUUGCUAAACUAGUCUCUAAUAAACUACCAGGUUACCAGGAGAGUGAACUACGUUAUCUAACCUUCCUCUAUACUUGUCCUCUAACUAUCCUAUAUGCUGCUGAGCAGGCAGGACUAGCUCAAGGAGAUAUUCAAUCAGUAUCCUCUCUUACCAUUCAUCUAGUCGGAGCUAGAGUAGCGGAGAUCAGGCAUCUGGUUGGCUGGGAGAUAAUUGCUCUAAGAUUACCGAACCUCGAGACUUUAAACCUGGUUUUUAUCGGAGAUGAAGUUGUCACAGGAACAUUUCCUCCAACCUUCUCCUAUAGGAGUAAUGAAGCUCAGAAGGACCGCCCUAAUUUAAUGGUGAACUAUAGUUUUGCUCCGCCCCAGCUUUAUCAGGAUUACGUGAAGACUCCUGGUUAUGUCCAACCAGAUAUAGUUGCUGCUCUCGAUUGUGGAUUCAAGUUCUAUCCGUCCUGGGAUCCAUGUAUCCCACAUCUUCUUCCAGCUCCAGGAGUACCUUGUGUUUUUACAGAAUUUACGCUUCAGGAUACUCGGGACAAUCUUCAGAAAGUGGAAACUCUAGUUCCAGAUGUUGAAGUAUUGAUUCCACCCAGGAGGAAUCCCUUCUGCUCUCGGAGACCUGUACGCUGCAGCGAUAAAACCGGAAACUACGCCAAGAAUAGCGUAAUAUUCUCAAAUGAUUAUAUUUCCGUGAUUCGUCGGAAAAUGUAGUUUUAAAAUUUUAUAUUUUUGCUAAUAAAUAUUGUUAAAUAUACGUUC